UCUAUUGGAACAACUAUUUCUAAGUUUACUUCUAAGGUUGUUUACAUAUUUUAUAAGACUUUUAUUCAUAUUUUACCAUCGAAAACAAUGCCUGACUCCUGUAUUAGGCAGAUGCAUCAGUGUUAAAACCAUAGCUGAAGUGAAUUUAUAAACAUAAAAAUCCCUUCAUUUAACCUAAACAAAGUUAUCUUCGAUUUCUGAAAAUGAAUCCCAUGACAAAUGUGAAGAAUGUGUUGAAGUUAAGUGAACGAGAAUUGGGAGGAAAUUCCAAAACUUCUUGGCAUGAUCAGUACAAAGACAGUGCUUGGGUUUUUGUGGGUGGCCUCCCUUAUGAUCUUACAGAGGGUGAUGUGAUAUGUGUAUUUUCUCAGUAUGGAGAGAUAGUGAACAUAAAUUUAGUUCGAGACAAAGCAACGGGAAAAUCAAAAGGCUACUCUUUUUUAUGCUAUGAAGAUCAACGUUCAACAAUUUUAGCUGUUGAUAAUUUAAAUGGAAUAAAGAUAUUGGGUCGUACCAUCAGAGUGGACCACUGUGAACAAUAUAGGGCCCCAAAUGCAGACAUGAGUAAAAUAGAUGAAGUCACUGCUGCUGUAAGGAUAGGAGGCUGUGCCCCAACUGUUCCAGACAUCAAAAUUGAACCCACCAUUAAACAGGAGCUUGAGAUUAAAGAAAAAACCAAAGAUAGAAAAAGGAAAAAGGAGAAGAAAAGUAAAAAGAAGAAAAAAAAGAAAAGCAGAAGUUCAGACUCUGACUCCUCUGAUUAGGUUAUUUUAUUGAUUGAAUAAAUACAUAAACAUAAAUUUUAU